AUGAGUGAAUCCACAACAAAACAAAGAGUGGUUCUUUUACCAAUUGAUGGAAGUGAACAUGCUGAACGAGCGUUUCAUUGGUAUUUGAAUAAUAUGAAAAGUUCAAAUGAUAUUGUGAAGUUUGUUAAUAUUGUUGAGCCAGUUUAUAAUACACCUGCAGUUGGAUUAACAAUGGAAACUCCACCAUUAACCGAUAUUACUAAAAUAAUGCAAGAUAGCAUUGAUAAAGGCAAGUUAUUGGGAAAAAAAUAUAUAUCUGAAGCAAAAAAAUAUGAUAUAAACUGUCAAGCAUUUCUUCACGUAGACAAUCGACCUGGUGCAGCUAUAUUAAAAUCAAUAGAAGAUCAUAAUGCAAAUUUGAUUAUAAUGGGAAGUAGAGGUCUUGGUGUACUUCGACGUACUUUUCUUGGAAGUGUUUCUGAUUAUGUGUUACAUCAUGCUCAUAUACCAGUGGUAAUUGUUCCACCAAAAUAAUUUUUUCAAGAAAAAAAAACCUUGAUAAUAUUUACUCUUUAAAUCAAAAUAUAAAACAUUUACCAUAUCGAUAUGUACAGAGAGAAAUAGAAUAGGAACAAUGUUAAACUAACAUGGAUGGAUUCAUUUAGUUUGUGAAUUCUAUUCGGUUGCUUCCAUGAUAAAAACAAUUACCCUAAACAAUACAUAUUUUCAACAAUGUAUUUAUCGAUUUUAUACAAAACUUAAAUUCCAUUCAAUCAUAAACCAAUAGAGAGUUUGUGAAAAUUGUUCAAGUGUUGAUUAAUCAUAGAAUAUGAAGAUGGGUAUUCUCGAAAGCGAAUAUGUAACUGAGAAUCACUAACUUUAAUACGAGUAAGAAAUUCAAGCUAUUACAUUCGUAGUGACAACAGCAAAAGACAGAUUGAUUGGGAUGUUGUAAUGACAAGAGUUGUGGUAGAUAGGAGAAUGGGGAGUAUGAAUUAAAAUAUUGCACAACUGCAUAGUAUAAAAUUAUAGUCAUCAAUGUUGUCUUUGAUUAAUAAACAAAUCC